AGAGCAGAUCUAUGAGAGGAGGAGGGGGGUGUUGCAUGCUCACGGAGUGUGACAGAGAUAGAGCGGUGGAUGAGAGAGAGAGAGAGAGACACACACACACAGGCACAGAGAGGAGAGCGCAGAGCAGAGAUGGGGACCGAACACUGAGACAGAGGUAGUCGAGGUAGCUGAGAUCUACACACAGGCUUGAGCAAAAGAGGGGAAAGGAGGAAGAGAGCGGAGGCUGAAGGAGAGCAGGAGGAGCAGGGGAGAGAGGGAGAGAGAGAUAGAGAGAGAGAGAAGGGGGGAUGCAAGAUGAUGGAGCCCAGAAAUAGGCUUCACAGGACAGCUUUUCAUCCCUACUCUCCGCAGCAGACGUGACUCUGGGCACUGGACUGUGCUGAAAUUAGCCAGGAGCACAACACAGGACAGCAGGUCUGCAGUGUACUGCCUUGGUUCAGCCUCACUGGAUGCAGCAAGGCAGCUGAUUUAUUACUGAGGGGCUGGGUGGCAGUGUGUUUGCGUGUGUGGCUCUGAGUGUGUGUGUGUGUGUGUGUGUGUAUCCAGGAUUUUAUGAGUCCUUGUAGCGCUCGGAGCGGUGGGAGCGACCAUUCCUCCAGUCAUAAAAUGACAUUCAGCAGGCAGGAGCCUUGUGUGCUGGUGUGGAUCUGCAGCCCUCAGUAGGAAGUGCGAGAGUAGGAUUCAGAGCUGUCAUCGAGCACAAGUGUGUGUGUUUACAGUGCUGUUAGCUGAGGUGAGCCAAGGAGGAUGAGGCAUGAGUGUGUUUAGGUUAGAGCAGUAAGAGUGCAGCAAAGGCAAAGAUCCCACACAAUGCAAGGACGAGUGCAGAGGAGCACUGAUGGCAGGGAGUGCAGCUAAAGUACAAGGAGUGCCCUGGGGGUAGGGUGGAGGACGAAGGCAGGGACAGAAGAGGAAGACGAGAAAGGACGGGUAGAGGCAAGUGGAAAAGAGAGGGUGAUCAUGGCUGUCAUACAGUGAGCUAUAGCAUAUGCUGUAGCGCAGAGCAGAGUGGUGCGGCAGGGGGAGGACAAGCUUCACUGCACAGGGGAGGGGGAGAGACUGAGGGAAAGAGGAGGGGGAGGCAAUCAGCUCAGCACCUCUCUUCCACCAGGAAGGGAAGCGGGACGGGCCCAGCAGAAGACACUUACUCACACACGCCAAGGCGAACUGACGAGCAGCCAGGUCAACGUGUAGAGGUCAUAAGGGAGCUGGUGUGGGGACAGGGGUUAGGUAUACCCCCGCUGGUCCACAAGAGUGCAGGCUGGUCCUGGUAGGAAGAAGAAGGAGUCCUCUGGAGGAAGAAAGGUCGGCUCCCCAAGUUCUGUUUCUUUGGACCGCUCUGCCACCUUUCCGUCACCAUGGGAGAAUGGACGAUUUUGGAGAGGCUGCUGGAGGCGGCUGUCCAGCAGCACUCUACCAUGAUUGGAAGGUGGCCAGAAAAAGGAGACCAAAGGGAUGUCCGCGUUGCUCUGUUUCUGCUGGAUAUGAUCCUGCUGACAGUGGUGGUGAUUUUCCGUAUACUAAUAGUUGGUAUAGUGGGCGAAAAGGUGUAUGAAGAUGAGCAAAUCAUGUUCAUCUGUAACACCAUGCAGCCCGGCUGCAACCAGGCUUGUUACGACAAGGCCUUCCCGAUCUCGCACAUCCGCUACUGGGUUUUCCAGAUCAUCUUGGUGUGCACGCCGAGCCUGUGCUUCAUCACGUAUUCUGUUCACCAGUCCGCUAAAGCGCGUGAUCGAAGCUACUCUCUCCUGCACCCUCACAUGGAUCACCAUGGUCACGGUCACCAUGGCCGCCAUCAUGACCAUCACGCCCGCAAGCUUCACUCUCGCAACAUCAAUGGCAUCCUGGUGCACCCUGACAGCAGUAAGGAAGAUCAUGACUGUUUGGAGGUCAAGGAGAUCCCUAAUGGACCCCGGGGACUCCCUCAAACACACAAGAGUUCUAAAGUGCGACGGCAAGAAGGCAUCUCCCGCUUCUAUGUCAUCCAGGUAGUGUUUCGCAACGCGCUGGAGAUUGGCUUCCUGGCCGGCCAAUACUUCCUCUACGGCUUCAAUGUUCCAGGGAUGUUUGAGUGCGACCGUUACCCGUGUGUGAAGGAAGUGGAGUGUUACGUCUCCCGUCCCACAGAAAAGACUGUGUUUCUGGUCUUCAUGUUUGCAGUAAGCGGCAUAUGCGUGCUGCUCAAUCUAGCGGAGCUCAACCACCUUGGCUGGAGGAAGAUAAAGACGGCCAUGCGAGGUGUGCAGGCCCGACGAAAGUCCAUCUGUGAAGUACGCAAGAAGGAUGUUUCACACCUGUCCCAGGCCCCAAACCUGGGCAGGACCCAGUCUAGUGAGUCAGCUUAUGUCUGACAGAGGCUUCUCUGCCUGGGGGCUCGAGGACCUUUUAAGUUUUGGAGAAGAGCUUUCCCCUGGCCCCAGAGCCCGGAUCAGUAGGGCAAUCACCACUGCAUUAUUAUUCAGGAGCACAGAUAGAUUCUGUGUGUAGUCAUGAUAAAACAUUAAUUCACCAAGUAGACAUUCUGACACUUCAAGAGAGAAGAAGAACUGCCUUCCCUAAAGGCAACUGUUUUGCUGUAACGGAGCUUACACCUAAAGCUGACAAUGUGAGAGUCCUGCUCUGCCUAGGUGACACUAGGUGCCUUUGAAGAACCCAACAGAUAAAACUGAGCAAUUACGAAUAUUAUUUAAAAAACUGUAAAGAUAGUCUAAGGUUGAAUUAUCUGAAGUUCUUUUUAUUUGCCUUUGCUGUAGGUCAAAAAUAAUCCCCUCAUUUUCCAAUUAUGUGUGCAUAUGCAAGAGCUUACGCGUGUGCAUGCAUACGCAUGUGUGUGGGGGAAAAAAAGCCAGUCUCUGACAUGAGUCAGAAAAUUGAAUGCUUAACUAAUCUGAGCUACGGAGAGAAGGAUAAUGCUAUUUCUUCUUAUCAGCAACGUUCCAGUGAAGUCACUCAGUGGACAAACAAGCACCUUUACAAAAACACAAAAACUAUCAGCACUAAAAUAAUCAGCAUAAACUGGAACACAGUAUUUGUUUUCACUGUACUAGACUUUUUCUUAGCGAUUUUCACUAUUGUUCGCGUUCUAUGUUGCAUUAGGUGCCAAGCAGACAAGAGACUGUCAUUGCCCGGGAGGUUUUGCUCAAAUUGAGACAAUGUUGCAUUAAGGACGAGUUAGAUUUACUUUCCAACACUGUUUUAACGCACCACAAUGCUCUCACGAUGUCUGUGGGGCAUGCUGUGUACUUUCAGAACCCACUGAAAACAGUCAAGAAAAGUGUGUCAGUGUUUCCACUCAGAAAAUGUGACGGAAGCUUACGAAAGGAAUUAUAUACUGACUUUUUUCAGUUGAACAGAAGAAGUAUUGUAGUCACGAAUAUUUUAAUCUGUAACCUGAAGCUUUUUUUCACAAGCGGAUUUGGUGCCAUAUUUCUAAGUUACUGUACAUAGAUGAAAUGUAAAAAUUACACUUGCCUUUUCCCUAUGCGGUAUAGAUAGGCUUUACUUGGGCUGGGGAGAUCACGGGCUUGGUUGGUUAUAAAGAUAAAUCAUAGAUUGCCAGCUUUAACAAUAUGUCUUAUUAAUGUGCUCUUUGUUAUGCCUUCACCCUCUAAUGGAGACUAGCUCUGCCAAGAAGUGUUUCCCCCCUAUGGACAUUGAAAAAGGCAUGUUACUGAAGCAUUAAUAGAAUGGAUAGAUUAUGACAUGUAACUUUAAAAGAAAAAAAAAGAAACAGUUUUAUUUAUUUGCAUCCUGCUCCUGUGAAAUGUAAUACUCAGCAUGCAUGAAGAUGAAAAAUAUGAAGAGAUAUGAACAUAGAAUCUCCUUAUGGGAAUAUUGAAAGUGAAUACCCGAAAGGCGCCACAACUGCAGCAAUAAUAAUAAUAAUAAUAAUAAUAAUAUAUAGUAUGUGAAAAAAAUAUGUGAAUAAAUUAUUAUGCAGUGAUUUUUGCCUGUGCUGUGUUUAACAAAAAGUAAUAAUUGCCAUUUUGUGUGGACAUUGAGAGGUAAGUGUAGAAACAACUGUAGCAGUUACAAACACCAAAAAGAUUCUGUAACAAGAUAGAUAGAUAGAUAGAUAGAUAGAUAGAUAGAUAGAUAGAUAGAUAGAUAGAUAGAUAGAUAGAUAGAUAGAUAGAUAGAUAGAUAGAUAGAUAGAUAGAUAGAUAGAUAGAUAGAUAGAUAGAAGGGAAGUAUCCACCAUCCAGAUGGCAAUGAUUCAAACCAAGAGGCAAGGGGAUGCCUCAUGUCACCCACAAUGGCGUUUGCCUUAUUUAUCACUCUGUUUCUAUAAAUAUAUGCCAUACUUGGACAUGUAAUCCACAACAGCUCACUGGAAGUUUUUCUGUCUUUGUCUGUGCCUCAGCAGAAGCGGCACAUGUAGCAAAAAGACAGAGCACGUUUAACAAAAGUACAGUAGAGCAUCCGAAGGAUUUUGUUGUAGCCAUUAAAGGAUAACAGUUUUUCUAACAAGUA